ACCACUGUAAAAAAAUAAAAUCCACGCUCUAUAUAAGAGCGCUCUAAUUCUUCUAAAUUUCUACAAAAAUAUUUUGCAAUGGAGUUUUUCACACAGUUAUCACACUUUCUCUGCGCUUUUCUCAUCUUCGUCUGCUUUUCGAAUUCAAUCGUACCCGUCUUCUCCGAUGGAGGCACCAUCGGAAUCAACUACGGCCGCAUCGCCGAUAAUCUCCCCUCGCCGCCGCAGGUGGUGCAGCUCCUCAAAGCGCAGGGUAUCACCAAGGUGAAACUCUACGACACAAACUCCGACGUCCUCUCCGCCUUCUCCGGCUCCGGCAUCGCCCUCACCGUCGCCCUCCCGAACGAGCAGCUGGCCUCCGCCGCCGCCGGAACCUCAUUCACCGACGCUUGGGUACAGUCCAACAUCCUCGCCUACCACCCGAACACCAUCAUCGAAGCAAUCGCCGUCGGCAACGAGGUCUUCGUCGAUCCGGCGAACACCACCCAAUACCUCGUCGCCGCCAUGAAAAACGUCCACGCUUCUCUCUCUAAAAACGCCGCCUCCUCCAUCAAAGUGUCCUCCCCGAUUGCGCUCAGCGCACUCGAAAACUCAUACCCUUCCUCCUCCGGUUCGUUCAAACCGGAACUAAUCGAACCGGUAAUUAAACCGAUGCUGAGUUUCUUAAAAGAAACCGGUUCGUACCUCAUGGUGAACGCUUACCCAUUCUUCGCCUACAUCGCCAACACCGACACCAUCCCGCUGGACUACGCCGUCUUCCGCAACAACUCCGGCAACCCUGACUCCAACAACGGCCUCCUCUAUAAAAGCCUCUUCGAAGCCCAAAUCGACGCCGUCUUCGCGGCGGCGGCCGCCGUGGGUUACAAGGACGCUAAAAUCGUGAUAUCGGAAACCGGCUGGCCGUCGAAGGGCGACGAGAACGAAAUCGGCGCCGGAGUCGACAACGCCGCCGCGUACAACGGAAACCUCGUCCGGCGCGUUCUCACCGGCGGUGGGACCCCACUCCGGCCCGACGAGCCGCUCAACGUCUACCUAUUCGCGCUCUUCAACGAAAACCAGAAGACCGGUGCCACGUCGGAGCGAAACUACGGGCUGUUCUUCCCCGACGAGAAGAAGGUUUACGACAUCCCGCUCACGGUGGAGGGCCUCACCGCCGCCCCCAACAUGACGGAGAGCAAGACAAAGGUGGCGCCGGCGCCGGCUGCGGCGGCGGGGCAGACUUGGUGCGUGGCGAAUGAGAAGGCUGGGAAGAAGAAGCUGAAGGAGGCGCUGGAUUAUGCGUGUGGGGAGGGAGGCGCUGACUGCCGUCCGAUUCAGCCAGGUGCCACGUGUUACAAUCCUAGCAGCCUGGAGGCGCAUGCAUCCUACGCGUUCAAUAGCUACUAUCAGAAGAACCAUCGCAAGAGUGGGACCUGCGAUUUUGGCGGAGCUGCUUACGUCAUCACUCACUCUCCCAAAUUCGGCAGCUGCGAGUUUCCAACGGGCAACAACUAGGAUUUGGAUUUUUUUUUUUUUUGAACAAAUUGUGGGAUUAUUAUAGCUCACCUAUUUUAUUUUUUUAUUAUUUAUUAUUAGUUAAUAGUAUAUAUAUAGUAGAUUUAUCAUUUACGUGGUGGACACAUUGGUUAGUUCUAGCGGAGCGGAUAUGACUUUUUAUCUUUGGAUUUAUUUACCUACUUUUGAUUUAUAUAUUCGAUUAUAUUUUUUCUGCGAUUUGUUUAUGCAAAUAUUGUCCAUUUAUUACAUAUUAUUAU